CGGCGGCGACGGCCGUGGAAGGAGCGCGGUGGCCCGGGAGCGGCCCCGGCGACCCCGCGCUGCUGACGGAGGCCGCCGCGUCUCUUCCCGGGCGCGGGUCUCGGCGCCUCGGGCUGCAGCCCCGCCUCCCCGGCCGGCCCCCGCCCCCGGGACCCUCCUCUCCCCUUCCUCCUCCUCCUUCCUCCGCCCUCCUCCCCGGCCGCUCGCGGGCCCGGCCCGGCAUGGUGCGGCGUCGCCGCCGAUGGCGCUGAGGCGGAGCAUGGGGCGGUCGGGGCUCCCGCCGCUGCCGCUGCUGGCGGGUCUGGCCGCUCUGCUGCUCCCCGAGCCCGUGGCCGAAGGCCUGAAGCUCAUGGGAGCCCCGGUGAAGCUGACAGUGUCUCAGGGGCAGCCGGUGAGUCUCAACUGCAGUGUGGAGGGGAUGGAGGAUCCUGACAUACUGUGGAUGAAGGACGGGGCUAUGGUCCAGGGCUUGAAUCAGAUGUACGUCUCAGUCAGCGAGCAGCACUGGAUCGGCUUCCUCAGCCUGAAGUCAGUGGAGCGUUCUGAUGCCGGCCGGUACUGGUGCGAGGUGGAAGAUGGGGGCAAAACUGAGAUCUCCCCACCAGUGUGGCUCACGGUAGAAGGUGUGCCAUUUUUCACCGUGGAGCCGAAAGAUCUGGCAGUACCACCCAAUGCCUCUUUCCAACUGUCUUGUGAGGCUGUGGGUCCCCCUGAACCUGUUACCAUUAUCUGGUGGAGAGGAGGCACAAAGAUUGGGGGACCUUUUCCCUCUCCUUCUGUUUUAAACGUAACAGGGGUGACCCAGAGCACUGUGUUCUCCUGUGAAGCUCACAACCGGAAAGGCCUGGCCUCUUCCCGCCCAGCCACGGUUCGUCUUCAAGCACUGCCUGCAGCCCCCUUCAACAUCACCGUGACAAAGCUCUCCAGCAGCAAUGCUAGUGUGGCCUGGACGCCAGGUGCUGAUGGCAGAGCUGUGCUUCAGUCCUGUACCGUCCAGGUGACACAGGCCCCAGGAGGCUGGGAGGUCCUGGCUGUCGUGGUCCCUGUGCCACCUUUUACCUGCCUUCUCCGUGACCUGGCACCUGCUACCAACUACAGCCUCAGGGUGCGCUGUGCCAAUGCCUUGGGGCCUUCUCCAUAUGCUGACUGGGUGCCCUUUCGGACAAAGGGUCUAGCCCCAGCCAGCGCUCCCCAGAACCUCCAUGCCAUCCGCACAGACUCAGGUCUCAUCCUGGAGUGGGAAGAAGUGAUCCCUGAGGGCCCUUUCGAAAGCCCUCUGGGACCCUAUAAACUGUCCUGGGUUCAAGACAACGGAACCCAGGGUGAACUGAUAGUGGAAGGGACCUGGGCCAACUUGACAGUCUGGGAUCCUCAGAAGGACCUGAUUGUGCGUGUGUGCGUCUCCAAUGCAGUUGGCUGUGGGCCCUGGAGUCAGCCACUGGUGGUCUCUUCUCAUGACCAUGCAGGCCAGCAAGGCCCUCCGCAUAGCCGUACAUCCUGGGUGCCGGUGGUCCUGGGCGUGCUGACAGCCCUGGUGACGGCUGCUGCCCUGGCUCUCAUCCUGCUUCGAAAGAGGCGGAAGGAGACACGUUUUGGGCAAGCCUUUGACAGUGUCAUGGCCGGAGGGGAGCCAGCUGUUCACUUCCGGGCAGCCCGGUCCUUCAAUCGGGAAAGGCCUGAACGCAUUGAGGCCACAUUGGACAGCUUGGGCAUCAGUGACGAACUGAAGGACAAACUGGAGGAUGUGCUCAUCCCGGAGCAGCAGUUCACCCUGGGCCGGAUGUUGGGCAAAGGGGAGUUUGGUUCAGUGCGGGAGGCCCAGUUGAAGCAGGAGGAUGGCUCCUUUGUGAAAGUGGCUGUAAAGAUGCUGAAAGCUGACAUCAUUGCCUCGAGCGACAUUGAAGAGUUCCUCAGGGAAGCUGCUUGCAUGAAGGAGUUUGACCACCCACAUGUGGCCAAGCUUGUUGGGGUCAGCCUCCGGAGCAGGGCCAAAGGCCGUCUCCCCAUCCCCAUGGUCAUCCUGCCCUUCAUGAAGCACGGGGACCUGCACGCCUUCCUGCUCGCCUCCCGGAUUGGGGAGAACCCCUUCAACCUGCCCCUGCAGACCCUGAUUCGGUUCAUGGUGGACAUUGCCUGUGGCAUGGAGUACCUGAGCUCCCGGAACUUUAUUCACCGAGACCUGGCUGCUCGGAAUUGCAUGCUGGCAGAAGACAUGACGGUGUGUGUGGCCGACUUUGGACUCUCUCGGAAGAUCUACAGCGGGGAUUAUUAUCGUCAGGGCUGUGCCUCCAAAUUGCCUGUCAAGUGGCUGGCCCUGGAGAGCCUGGCCGACAACCUGUACACGGUGCACAGUGACGUGUGGGCCUUUGGGGUGACCAUGUGGGAGAUCAUGACUCGUGGACAGACGCCAUAUGCUGGCAUCGAGAACGCUGAGAUUUACAACUACCUCAUCGGCGGGAACCGCCUGAAACAGCCUCCGGACUGUAUGGAGGAUGUGUAUGAGCUCAUGUAUCAGUGCUGGAGUGCCGACCCCAAGCAGCGCCCAAGCUUCACCUGCCUGCGAAUGGAGCUGGAAACCAUUCUGGGCCACCUGUCUGUGCUAUCCACCAGCCGCGACCCCUUGUACAUCAACCUUGAGGGAGCCGAGGAGCCUGCUGAGGAAGGGAGCCUGGAGUUGCCUGGUGGAGACCAGGCUGGUAGCGGGGCUGAGAAUGGCAGUGGCAUAGGGGCAGUGGGGGGCACCCCCAGUGACUAUCGGUACAUCCUCAGCCCUGGAGGGCUAGCUGAGCAGCCCAGGGUGGAGGAGCAGCAGCCAGAAAGCCCCCUCAACGAGUCCCAGAGGCUUCUGCUGCUGCAGCAAGGGCUACUGCCCCACAGUAGCUGUUAGCCCCAGGCAGAGGGCAUCCGGGGCCCUGCGGCUGGCUCUGCUGGCUAACCUAGCCCCAUCUGACCCCAGCCCAGGCAGCAAAGGGUGGAGGCUCCUGUGGUAGUCUUCCCAAGCUGUGCUGGAAGUCUGGACUGACCAAAUCACCCAAUCCCAGUUCUUCCUGCAGCCACUCUGUGGCCAGUCUGGUCUCCUCAGUUUAGGCCUUGGCUGGGUGGAGGUGGGCCAGGCCUGGUUGUCUAAACCCAGGCAGCUGGCAGGAGGGGGUGGUUAUGUUUCCAUGGUUACCAUGGGUGUGGAAAGGAGUUGGAGGAGAGUAUAUCUCGCCCUGUGGGCCC